AUGGGAAGGAGAGAAACGACCUGGCAGGAGAGGAUAGAUGAGUUGAGCCUUGGAGCCAGAGUUAAGAAAAAUAGAAAGAAAGAGGGAGGGAAGAAGACGGAACAAGAUCCGGCAGAUAUAAUACUGGUUCAAGUAGGUGAUAGUCCGGGUCCGACGACGACAAGGAUCGCGGAAGCGAGUAGCAAGGUAUCAGAUGGAUCUGAACAUGUCAAAACUCAAAGUGGCGAUCAGAAGAAUGGGGAGAUGAGAAAAGAGGACAGGAGCAAUGAAGCAAGUGAAAAUGUGAAGAGCGUAGACUAA